AUGAAUGGCCUGAAAACCAUUGAAGAGCAAUUGUCUAUGUCGGAAAAUGCAGCACUUGCAUCACCUGAACUGUCUGAAAGACAUUCUGUGGAUUAUGAUGGACCUUUAAACAUAUUUUACACAUGCGAUUGUGAACUUAAAAGCGUUCUUGUUAACUUGAGGAGUGCGGUGAUAUGUCGAUCAGCGAAACCUCAAGUCAUGAAGGGCACAUCGUCACUCCUUGUUUUCAAACGUCUACCAUCAAACGUAGAUCAUGACUCUUUCCGUGUUGAAAUCAACAAUCACAGAAGUGAAUAUAAAACAAUUGAACAUGCAAAUAAUAUUUGUUUAAGUGAAUCAGCAACACCAUCAACACCACCACCACCAGCAACAACAACAAAAACAUCAUCGCCACCUUCUACAGCUUUACCACUGGAUGAAAGAUCACAAUUAGCUUAUAUACAAGAUGUACGAUUUCAUAUUAAUCAAUUAAAUGAAGAUGAUAAUAAAUUAUUUGAACGUUAUAAUUGUUUAUUAAUACAAUUACGUAAAGAGAAACGACGUUAUCAUUAUUUAAUUAAUCGUUAUCAAAGAUUAUUUAAACAACAGAAUGUUCUGGAGACUUUCUCAAAUAAUUUAUUAUGGAAUGUAAAUAAUGAAAUAAAAGAUUAUGAUAUUAAUAAUUAUAAUAAUCAUAAUGAUUAUGAUAAUGAUCCUAUUCAUAAACUAGAUUAUCUUAAUUAUUUCAAUGAUUAUUCGACUUAUAAUAAUAAUACGACUACUAUAAAUACUAUAAAUGGAAUAAAGUUGCCCAGUAAUAAUAAUAAUAAUAAUGGCGAUUUUCCAAUGUCAAGACGUCACCACCAACAACAACAGCAGAAAAUUCGUCAAUUCCAUCAAAACAAAUCAAACAACACAAUAAAAUCACAUCGUACACGUUCAUUAACACGAAUGAAAAAUAUGAUUAAAGAUUGUAAUGUCAAAGAGAAAAAUUCUAAUUCUACUCUGAUAAUUCAAAAUGAAAUAUUACAACUUAAUCAAGUGGAAGCGAUGCGUAAUUUUUUCACACUUUACACAGUACAAUCACAACAAUUAGAUGAAGAUACUAUCAAUGUUAGUGAAGAAUUGGAACAAUGUAGGAUAACAAUGAAUCAAUUAACUGAACAACUUGAUGAAAUUGAAUUAUGUCGAAAUCAUUUAGUUUCUAAAGAACUCCAUGUACUUUUAGAAGCACAUUCAUCGUUGAAUCCAGAUUUAGAAAUUACGUAUACAGUAGAUCAUGUUUCAUGGACUCCUAGUUAUGAUAUAAGACUUUCAAGUUCAACAGCUACGUUAAAAAUUAUCUACUAUGGUACUAUACGUCAGAAUACUGGUGAAGAUUGGGAACUUGGUAAAUUAACUUUAUCAACCGCUGAACAAGAUCAUUUCAAAGAUGUACCGCAAUUGAAAUUAGAGCAACUAUCAUUUAAAAACAGUGAAAAUGUUGUUCGUAGACGUCAACAAACUGAUAAAUUCAUAAGAAAGUCAAAAGCGCGUUCAUUUCAUUCAGAUGAUUCAAAUGAUUACCAAACAAUAUCAUCAUUAUUUCCCUUAAAAGAAAUAGAUACUGAACAAUAUCAUUACAAUGAAUGCAAAAAUGAAACAUACAAUCCAAUUAAUCAGACAAUAAAUGAUUCAAGAAGUAGACUAGAACGUAGUUUUUUAAAUGGAGGAAAUCAUCAGAGAUCAUUAUCAACUCAACGUUAUUACAUAAAUAAAAAUGAAAAUCAUCUAAACAAUGAUUUAGAUUAUGUACUAACUCAUUGUCCUUCAUCAUCAUUAGACAGUGUUAUAUUUAAACAAGACAAUGGAAAUAAACAAUUAUUUAUGCAUAAAUCAUAUUCAAAUACUUAUUCAUCAAAUAUGGGCAAAUACUCUAAUAGAAAUCAUUUUACAGAAAUAACAAAUAAAAAUUAUUUUCCAUCACUUGCAUUUGAUAUUCCUAAACCGCCAAAAUAUAUAAAAGGUAAUGGUGAACCACAUCGUGUUAUUAUUGGUACAUUAGAAUUUAAACCAAAAUUACAAUAUAUAACAAUACCGAAACAAACACCAAAAGCUUUUCUACGUGUUACAAUGCAUAAUAUAUCAGAAUAUGCAUUGUUAGAAGGUCAAGCAAGUGUAUAUAUUGAUAGUAAUUUUAUUGGAAAAACAAAAUUAUCUGCUACAGCUGUCCAAGAAGAAUUCACAUGUGAAUUAGGCUAUGAUCCUGGUAUACGUGUCACAUAUAUGCCAAAACAUAAAUAUAAAAAAACUGGAACAUUUCGUGGUAAUAAAACUAUGUCUAUAGUAUUUAAACAAGUUAUAUCAGUAGAAAAUAGUUAUCCAAGAAGUAUGAAACUUUUAGUGAUCGAUCAACUGCCAGUCAGUACAGAGGAUAAAUUAAAGAUUCAUCUUAUUGAACCAUCAAUUAAAAAUCCAGAAAAAUACGAUCCAACAAAACCGAUAAGAAUAAGUAAAACAAAAUCAAUUGAAUGGGAUAUUGAACUUGCUCCAUAUGAAUCACGUGAACUAGUUUUAAAAUACCUUGUCGAACAUCCAUCUAUUAAAGAUAUUGACAUUUCAACACUGGGAAUAUGAUAAUGUAAAUGAGAAGAAGGGAGUAAUGUAAUAAUAAUCAUAUAAACAAAUAAAACACCACCUAGAAACUGUUUGUUUUGCAAAAUUUUUUCUUACACUGAACAUUAUGUUCUAACUAAAACAAAACAACAACUUUUAUUAAACUUAUUUGAAUUUAUCAAUGGGCAUUUUUAUAUAAUCCCUAUCUUAAU